GCAGCCCAUCCUGGACGACACUCAAUCUCGGCCACUCCCCCACGAGCCCUGCAAACUUAUCUUCGACGCGUAGUCUCGCGACAGACACCAUACUCAAGACAUCGACGUUGUCACUGGGCCAUGAACGCCUAGUACACUCCAGAAACCACCGCCUUGCAUUCCAGACCUCCGCCAGACCUCCGCAUGCGGCCUUGCGAUCGAACUCGAUCAACCUUCGCUCAACGAUAUGGCAAGAAGUAAAGAAGAUACUACGAUAUACAUGGUAUGAUGGAGUCGGGCACGAUAGAUCCACGACAAUUGCAGCAGCACACUGCCGCUGUUGGGAGCGCAAAUGGCUUGCAAACGGAGGGCGGCCGCGCACCAGCGACCAGCACUUCCCACGCGGGCAAGCUGUACAUCCCGACGGUGCGAGAGGCUCUCCCAUACACUCCCUUCAGCUCGAUUGUCCCCUUCAAUCCAGAUGUCAUUCCACCACCGCUUGCGCUUCCAAACACUGCAUCAACCAUCUUUCACAACGACGAGGCCGUCAAGUCCACGCGGCGCGAACUCGAACGACUUACUGCCGGUGCUAGAAGCGCCGAGCAGGCGUCGAACCGGUGCAAGCAAACUUUGAACGAUGUCAAGCGGCUGCUAAACGGUAACGAUCUCACUGAGUUCAAGUUCAAGCAGACGAAGAGAGUGGCUUCUGGUGCUGCCCCAACGAAAGCUCCAGCACAGCCUGCCCUUAGUGCAUUCGCCGAGAUGGUCCUUGCCGAUGCAAGCAUCUCAUAUCGAUAUCUCACCCCGCCAGAAGAAGCACCACCAUCUUCUACCGGUCCGAAGAUGUCACGGACUGUCGCUCCUGUAAGGCCGCACGACGAAGCUGCAGCUCGUCCGACUUCGCCGCAAAAGCAACGUGACCCCAAAACUCCAAGGGUGAUACUUGGGGCUGCUCCGAGCCGCUCAACGCAGCUUCCCACUCCUGUUCAAGGCCAGUCUGUUACAGCUUCACCACAACAGUCGCGAUCGGCCUCGCAACAUGCCCCACCUCAACAGUUGCAGACUGUUCCUGCGCAGCCACAGCAGCGCUCUGCACCACACCAGCCGCGUCCAUCAGGCAUGCAACCAGGUCGAGAGCUUCAGCCUGGACACGUGCCUCUUGUCCCAAUGAUCCCACGAUCGCAGUCAUCACAACAACAGCAAACACCCAGGCCCAGUCAGCAGGAUGAACUCUCCAUGCCCGUUACGAAGCAAAGCACACCGCAACAUGGCAAAGAGGUCGUAGGAGUUGUGCAGCCUUCACCUAUGGCGUAUGUGUCUUUGAACAAGAUGACACCGGCACAGCGCGCUGAGUACCAGCAAAUCCGCGAUGCCACUCCCGUCACCGCGACGACUAAGAACCAGAGCGCAUAUCUCACUAAUGGAUCUCGAGUCAAUAUCGACCAACGUCUCAAGGCUGAUCAGGCUUUGGAGAGCCUGCAGAGUCAGCUUCAGAAUAUCUUCGAAGCAGAGGAUCACAUGCAACCCGACACCUCUGAGGAUGUCGCCAUGCGUGAUAGUGCUCUGUUCGACACUCGCGACACCGAGGAGGGCCCCGCACUUAUUCUGCGCGCAGAUGCCCAGGCCAAACUGGAUACCGCGUUUAAGAAGGCCGUGGGACUCAACCGAUUGGACUACGUCGAAGUGGAUACUCUCACCCGUGUGCAGCGUAUAUGCGAGAGGUCAUUGGCUGCCCUCCACUCUGGCUCGCUGGGUAUAGGCGACGACUGGUCCCAGGAGGAUGUCACAGAUUGGAUUGUGCGUCUUUCCAAUGCUGAGAACGGUCUCAUUGCUGCUCGGACGUUGAUGCGAAUCAUGACCGGUGGUUCCCAUCGUAGGGAGCUGCAGUCAGAGGACUGCCUCAAGAAUGUUCUGGAGGCACUUCGGACAGUGGUCGAGAUGUGCAUAAUUCCGAUCGUACAGGAACGGGCGAGCUUGUAUGACGAUGUGAAAGGAAAGAAAGAUGGGGCGAGCAAUCCCAAGUUCGCUAUCGCGGCUAGCUGCCGUACCGAACUGCAGGCUCUGGUUGCUGCCGCCAUCAAGCUCUUGCGUCAACUUGGCGACCUCUUCGCCAAAUCCGACGUGGACGAAACAGGCGUAUCCAGCUUGCAAUACAUGUGCAAGCUGCUCAUCUUCACGGAGAACGCCGCCAAUGAGCGCGAUUCAGCGCUGGGACUACAGACUUUCGAGCAGAUGCGCCGGUUUGCAAUGGACGUGACUUCAAAGAUAUUCACCAAGUACACAGACCAGCGCACAUUCAUCAUCGACGAGAUCCUCAUGUCAUUGGAGAAAUUGCCAGCCAACAAACAAAGCGCUCGCCAAUUCCGCCCAGUUGACGCAAAGCCGAUUCAGCUCGUGUCAGCUCUGCUUAUGCGACUGGUGCAGACAAGCGCCACACCAAGCAAGAAAACACUGCAGAUGAAUACGGAGGCGGCCGAUUCCGAAGACGAGCUCGCUGGAGAUGCAGAAGUCCCUGACUCUGAGUCUGAGUCCGAAUCGGACGAUUCUGAGAGCAUCCAAGUGAAGAAGAAGCACAAGCCGAAGAAAACAUACACGGAUCUUCCAUCAUUCUACAAGCCAUUACAGCAGGAUACCGUGCGGUAUGCCAGCUACAUUGUCAAGAUCCUCAUUCAACGUGCCUCGCAGACUGCAAAGUCCAGCGAAGAGCCAUAUCGCAAGCUCCUCGAUAUCUUCGUGGAUGAUUUCAUCAACGUGCUUGGCCACAGCGAUUGGCCAGCCGCAGAAGUUCUGCUGCUCGCGCUUGUCUCACAAUUUGUGGGCAUCGCAGAGAACGCCAAAAGCCCUGCUCCUUCACGCACACUCGCUCUCGAACUGCUCGGUACCAUUGGAUCUGGUAUUUCCGAGCUCCUGUCCUCCACAUUUGACAUGGCCAAGAACACCGAUGCAGACGACCGUGUCUCGCAGCACCUUGUCAAUCUCGCGCAGGAUCUUGAAAAUGGGGAUUCCAGCGCAGCCCAGUUGACAUCGUUCGAGGGUCCUUUCCGGAUUGUCGUGCAGUAUCUGCAAGAUCGUAACACCGGUGACGAUGCGCAACUGCUCACUGCACGCGGCUAUCAUCUGGUGCAGUGGGCGGAGCACGUCUGCAACACCGAAGAUGCUGCGACGUCACACUCUCGGGAUCUCCAAGUGAAGAUAAAACAAACAAUGCAGGACAUCAACUGGCUGGACGAUCAUCACCCUUUCCCUAAAAUGAUGGCUGCACACGGAAAGCUCGCCGCAAGAAUCGUCACAGCUAAUUCCAAGCUGUGCAAAGCGUUUGAUCGCAUCUUCAGAAUCAUCCUUGCGUCUAUGCGUAGCGAGCAACCCACUGUGCGAAGUCGCAGUCUCAAAAGUGUUACAGCUCUUCUCGAACAAGAUCCGGCAGUCCUCGACCGCCACGAUACUGUCCUGAAGCAGAUUUUGCACUGCACUGGGGACUCUUCGUCACUCGUGCGCGACUCUGCACUCAUGCUUGUCCAAAAAUGCGUUGAGUUGCGGCCAAGGCUCGAGCUGAGAGUGUAUGAGAAGGUGGUCGAGCGCACCACUGAUACCAGCGCUGCAGUUCGCAAACGCGCUAUGGCAUUUCUCAAACAAGUCUAUCUCCGUGUGGAAGACAACCAGGUGCGAGCCAGAAUAUCCAAUGCUAUGAUCUCGCGCGUUCACGAUGUCGAUGAAGGGGUAGCAGAAGUUGCUCGAGCCACGAUUGAGGACAUCUGGUUCUCGGCUUUCCGUGGCAUGAAAACUGAGGGACAGCAAUCUGUCGAGGCAUCUCUUCGCAUGCGGUCUCAAGCUGCUUUGAUCAUUCAAACGGUCGACCUGGGCGAUAACGUUGCUAACGUCCUGGAAGCUUUGAUCAAGAAUCUUCUGACGAAGUCCAAACAAGCGACCGACAAUGCAAAGAUCUGCAAGGCAUUUGUCGCAGUACUCUUCGAAGGCACUAUCGACAUUAACGAGAUACCAGAGGCGCCUUCACAGGGAUCCAUUUUGCAGGCAUUGACCGUCUUCGCUCGAGCUGGCCCUGGCCUCUUCACCACCACGCAGCUUGAGUUGCUCGAACCGUAUGCGAAGAAUUUAAAGACAACGGAUGAUCUCGAGACCUUCCACUUUGUGGUCACAAUCUUGCGGUACACUCUGCCAGUGUUGUCGGGAUUCAAACCAGAUUUCCUCAGCAAUCUUCAAUCCAGUCUCCUACAGUCGGUCAACACAGUUCCCUCUUCGGAGAUCGCAGUUGUGGCCCCAUGUCUUUGGACCAUUGAUGGUCUUGUCGGCAACACGACCCGUCUAGUGAAAUUCCUAAUCUCAGCCAUGGCAAAUGUAGCCAAGUUCCAGCAAAUCGACAUGCGGCAAGAGCAAUACCAGGCAAAAAUCAAACCUGUCACCAAGCUCCUGACGAUCAUCGGGCAAUUUGGCAAGGCAUGCCACCUGGACGCAUUGUUGGUAGACUUCAAGAACGCUUCCCAACUGUCGACUUGCAAUGGUAAUACCGUUGCGGAGAUGAUGGUUGACCUCUGCUGCCGCUUCACCAGUCCCAAGCAGCACCUGUCUGUUCGUGAAGCUGGUCUCGAAGCCACUCUGGCGAUCUGUCAGCGCUACGCAGACAAUUUCAUGAGGCCUGAUGUUGUCAGUGCUAUCCAGCUCGUGUUUCAAGGUGGAGAGCCAUCCCUCGAGCAAGUAUUGCUCAGCAGCAUUGAAACUUUCUUCAAGUCUGGAGAGAAGGGCGAUGACAAUGAGCCGGCACCGGAGUUGGGAACUGGCAUUGCGAGUGGAACGCAACGACUGGGCGGCACUUAUCAGGCGACUGGAUUCGACACAGCUUCUAUGUCGCUUGUGCAGAGAUUUCUGUCAUCUGAGUUUGUCCGCAUUGCACUCUCGUCUACUAGUGACACCGCCACCACAGCAGCUAGGAUCAUCUUCAGCGUCAAUACGCAGGGCUUUGCGCGACCAACGGAGACUGCGAAUGCGCUGGUAGCUCUGCAGACAAGCACUACCACGUCCAUCGCGAAGAUGGCAUUCUUGUCCUACAAAGAGGCUUGGAUGAAACACGAGAGCACGCUGGAGAAGACGCUGCUGAAAUCUUUUGAAGAAGCGUUCCGUUACCAGAAAGAUGUGUUGAACACCACAACUGGAUGCACUGGGCACCCGCCAACCUCGAAGCUGCACUAUUUCUGGGAUAUUCUCAAGUCUGGCAGCGUCAAAUCGAGAAAGAAGUUCUUUGCGCAUCUAGGUGCCGCUGUGGACUUCGACGCGGGCACCAAAACGGCGGUCGCCGAUCUUUUGCAACACUUGCAGUUCGUACGAUUCUCUGUUGAAGCAAUCGCUUUCCUGGACUAUGAGAGGACCGACGACGUGCUCCACAUCAUUGCUUGCUUGGGGAAAGCUGUGUCAGGCACGGGCACCACAAUCGCUCAGAUGAUUGAAAGCGAGGUGUUCCAGUUACAGGUCCCAACGUCAUCGACGAUGCCUAACGGCAGUUCUGAUGAUAUUGUGUCUGCGCCGCCAGCUGUACCAGCAGCUCCACCAGCCGCGAUCAACCCUACGCGUUUGCAACAGCUCGCCAUCUCAGCGCAGAUCUUGUCUCUCAUCCAAGAAACGCGAGCUUUCCUCCAACGUCUAUGGCAAUGCAAGAAGUACGUCGGCAAGCCAAAACUUGCUGUCAAGGACGCCGCCACAAAGCCUUCGAAGGCGUCUCACGCACCAGCAGUGAUCGACACCUUCGAGAGUCGUAUCAGCAACAUUCUGGCUGGUGCUGCUGAUGCUCUUAGUCAACACUCGACGUGCUCUGCGUUUGUAGAGCUCAUGUCGGUUGACAGCGAGGUCAAAGUCAACACAGACGACGAAGAAAACAUGGAGGACGAUGCCGACGCCCGUAGCGAGGGCAGCGCGAGCAAGAGUCCAGGGCCCAGAGGAAAGAAGAGAAAGUCGGUUGAUGGAGCAAAAGGUCCGCCAAGGAAGAGAGGACGUGCGAGGAAGGGCAGCUCGUCGAAAGUCCUGCACGAUGAGGAGGACGGCGAAGAUGGUUGGGACUGAGCACGAAUUAUGCUUUCAUGACCUGUUGCUGAAACGCGCAACGUAAUUUACAGCUUCGAACAAUGUGUAUUUGAUAAUCGAUCGAAUAGCUAGCUGGCUCGUAGCUUGCUUGCCUUGGUUCGCUUCGCUGUACAAAAGAGAUACCCCAAAUGCAACAUCGAUCAUCGCUUGACAAGCGAGAAUUUACAAACUUCUGUGCAAACCUCCCAU